GUCGGCUGGUCGACCGCCACUUCUUCUCUGACUCCCACAAACCCCAGUCAGCAUUUGUCUGCAAUCGAACAGCUUCUUUGUUUCUCUUUCUUUAACUUAUCCUUCAUGCCUCCAUCCAGAGAACCUUCGUUGUCACUACUCUUUCACCCAAAGAAAAACAAGAAACCAACAGCGAAUUCCCCCCGUCGUAAUCCUGCUUCCGGAACAGCACCACGACCCCCCAAGACCUCAUCUGCGUCACCAGCCUCCACACCGUCCGUAAAAACCGAGGAAAAAGUGACUCCAACAGUCGAACAAGAUGACACAGACACAGACACGUUCAAAAUGCCAACUGGUCCUUACCAAGAAUUCAAGCUCAUGUCUUCGGCGCUCAAUGGUUGGAAAUUCGACGUGAUGAAGUUCGAUUCGAGGAAGGUGGUGGAUUUGAGUGCGUGGCAACAGCCAGUCAAAUUGAAUAGGAAGGAUUUGAGGAGAGAGGAUCCAGAGACGGCUAAUGCUGGCAUGCCCUUGAGGCCUAUGCUUGGUUUGGAUGGACAACAGGUGUAUGGAGCGGAUGGUAGACCUGUCAUGGUGGAUGCCGAGGGUAAACCUGUCGUCGAGAAUGGUGCUGGGUCUAGUAGCAGUGGGAAGGGCAAGGGUGGAGCCAACGGGCCUGGUAAGAAGAAGUUCCAGAAGAAGACGAAGCAGGUGUUUAUCGUACCGGACGAAAUAAGAGCGCUGAGGAGAGAGGAGAGAUAUCCGUGGGUGAUAGAAGAUGCUAUCGGUCAGGAAACAUGGGUAGCUCAGCUAGACGAGAUCAGCAAGUCGGAAACUCAUGGGUUUUUCAUGCCCGCAGCAACGGGCGACAUAUUCAAGUUUGUUCCUUCACAUCGAUGGUACAGAUUUCAGAAGAAACUCAAGCAUGACCUGCCUACGGAUACACUGACGGUGGAAACUGCUUACCAGAAGAGUCAGAAGAGAGAUCCUACAGCUUGGUUACGCCAGAGGAAUGGUAAAGGACCAUCCGCGGCUACCGCUGCUACAUUCAAAGCAGAAGCAGAAGGACGGGUCUCUUUAGGUGGCGCUGGAUCUCUCGUUCAGCAUGUAGGGACAAGCCUGGGUCCUGGUGGGCGCAGACUGAGGGCAGUUGAUAGUGGGGGCGGACUUUUUGGAGACGAUGACGAAGAUGGCGAUGUGAAGAAGCGGCGAGAAAGAGAGUAUGGAGGUGAAGGUGACCUGGAUGAGAACGUUUUUGAGGAGGAAUUCGCCGACGACGAGGAGAAGAUGGAUGUCGAUGAAAACGACCAGGAGGCUAAAGAACUCGAGGAACGCCUUAAGAGGGAGUACAAGACUGCCAACAAGACUCGUGAAGGAUACAUCGACGAAUCGGACGAUGAGGAUGAGAAACCUACAACUUCACAGCAGGGAAAAGCAAUGAAGAAGAUGUUGAAAAAACGUGAAGAAGGUGACGCGUAUGAAAGUGAGGAGGAAGAGAACCCCUACGCAUCUUCGGCUGAAGAGGAAGAGGAAGAGGAAGAGGCUACGCCUCAGACAGGACCAGCUGUCAUGCAACAGUCUCAGCAACUCCAGCCCAAACAAGAGCCCACAGAGCCGUCGAUACCCAAGGUAGCAUCUCCACCACUACAGAACCUGCGAAACGGUUCAGCAUCACCGCUUCCAUCUGCGCCGAAUUCCCCAUCAUCUGGUCAUUCGAUUGUGGCCAAACGCGCUACAUCACCCAAAGUUCCCAAGUUAAAGACCGAAAACGGUAGCCGAGCCAGUAGUCCACUGGCUUCCAGUCGUGCCGGCAGUCCCGUCUCUACUACUAAUGGGCAAACACAGCCCCAGCUUAAAAAACGAAAGGCAGAAGAUUCAGUACCCUCCCCGACUUCCCCCACCGGACAACAGCAGCCCAAGGCGAAGAAACGGAAAAAUACCAUUCAAUCUGGUCCACCUGUUCCCACGGGUCCAUUGGAAGAAUGGAUGUUGGUGGACUGGUUGAAGAAUACGCCGAAUGCGUCAACAAGGGAAUGUAUUCAACACUUUGGACCUUAUCUCACGGAUGAAACGGAGAAAAGCCGGUUCACUGCAUUGGUGAAGGAGCUCGCGUCUCUCAAGAACGGAAAGCUUAUAUUGAAAAGCACCUAUCGCGGUUCUACUGGACCUACUACUCCGGUGGCUUCAUAGAUGACUUUUGGUCAGCCAUCCAGGUCCCUCAGCCUGCGUUGUCGAGCGUAGUGAUUACGUUGCAAUUGAAAAGAGAAAAAGAUAUAGGAGGUCUGCGUAACGAAGCGAAUGCUAGAGUCCUGGAUGCUUUGGUUUACACAUGACAUGCUUGGAAUACCCCUGUGUUAUCUCUAUAAUCCCCUGUGAGUACUAUAUGGAAGGAAUAUAUCUCUGGCUUGUCCCAUCGUCAGACAUGUCAAGAGAGUAUGCACAGCA